AUGUGUUGGCGAGGUCGCCCCCGCGAGACAGCCACUGGAGACGGCUACGAAUGGAUUUGCAGCUACUUGAGUAGUUGCAAUGGCGACUUGUUGGAGUUCGAUCUAGACGUUGAUGGCCAGCACUUUUAUGACAAUCUGGAUCUCUUACCCCCGUACACACCUCAGCCAAGCGAGUAUUGUGGAGAGUUACUCGAGUUGACGCCGUUUGUAAUCAGUGUUAUUUCGAAACCCUCGUCUACACCGAAUGGUACGACAUCCGGCGCUGAUGUGGCAUCACCGAUAUCGUAUUGCGCCCUACUCGAGGAAGCUCAGUCGACAGCUACGACCACCGAUCCAUCUGAGGGUCGUAGCUGUCGACUAUUAUCGAACGCAGUGACUACUCCCCGCAAGAACCGUACACGCAGUCUAUACAUGCAUGACAAGAAAGCAGCGACAGUGCAGCGUGGACCUCUUCCUGGUUGUUGCACGAUGCCACCCACUCGUUCGAGUUCACGGAAGAAACUCAACCGCCGUCUUUUCUAG